AUUUCCCUGAGUUCAGAUUCCACAUUCUUUGAAAUUUCUCCAACUGGAACCAUUACUACUUGGAAGACAUUUGAUUUUGAGAAAGAUCCACCAAGCUAUACAUUAAAUGUUACCAUAAAAGACAGCCUUGGUGUUAGCGUUAAGAGGACCCUAAUGGUCAAGAUCAUAAAUGUUAUUGAUCGAGAUCCUUACUUCGUCACGAAAGAGAAUGUUUUCAAGAUUCCUGAAGAGGCACCAGCAAAUAUGUUUGUAGCCAAUAUAACAGCCAAGGAUCCCGAAGUCGAAGAUUUUAUUCGUAGCCUUCGCUACAGCAUGGGGGCCCCUGAAGCAAUCCCUAAAUUCUCCAUUAAUCCAAGUAAGGAAUUAAUCUGA